AUGAUGUUCACCGAUGAAAAAAUAUUUACACAAAACUGCUAUUACAAUCCUAAAAGCGAUGUUAUAUGGGCUGAUAAUCGAUCUGAUGCUAAUGAACGUGGUGGACUACAUGCGGUGAAAAAGUAUUCUGUCAAUGUCAUGGUUGGGUUAGGUGUAACAUGGUAUGGACUCACACGACCAUAUUUUUUUGAAAAAGGUGAACGACUAAAUGGUCAAAGCUAUACUGAUCAAUUGUUACCAUUUUAUAAAAAAGAAGGUGACCGACUGUUUCAACAGAAAAAAUGGGGGUUUCAACAGGAUGGAGCUAGCUCCCAUACUGAUCAAAUAUCUCAAAACUGGUGCAAAGAGAACUUUGAAUUUUUUAUUCCGAAAGAAAGAUGGCCACCUAACUCACCAGAACUUAAUCCAUUAGAUUACUCUAUCUGGACCAACAUCUCGAAUCACAUUGAAUAUCACAAAGUUAAAACGGUCAAUGAUUUGCGUCGAGAAGUCGAAAAAGCUAUAAAGAAAAUUGAUAUUAAUUAUGUACGGGACGUGAUCAACGUCUUUCUUCGACGAGUACGUUCAGUGGAAGAACAUGAUGGUGAAUUAAUCAUAGAUGAACAUAAUUAA